AACCAACAAAUUAGAUCUGCAUUUACUAAACGAAUGGAGUGUUCUACAAUUUAUGAAGAGCCUUCUGAGGAAUUUGAAGAAGAGAACUGUUUAAGUGUUAAUGUUGCCGGUCAGUGUGAACAUUCCACUUCUCAAACAAGUCCUGAAAAAUUGAAUUAUCAAAUAAGUUCCGAAAUGUCUAAUUGUCAAACAAAAUCGAAAAUAUGCAAUUCUCAGACAAGUCCUGAAAAAUCUCUGUCUGACUCAUCAACACUUCCAUGCACUAAUGUAACAACUGAUAACAAAGAAGGUACAUUGGAAAGUUGUUCUAGUGAACCUUUACCAAAACAAUUCCAAACCACUGACACAUCUAUCAAAAAAUGCAACACAAUCAGCUCAGAUACUGAGAAAAUACACGAAGUUGUAUUUUCAUAUGUUUCAACUCCUUCUGAUUUCUAUGUUUAUAUAAUAAACUCUGCAACUAUUGAGAGGCUUGCAGAUCUUGUCCAAAGUCUUAAUGAAAAGUUCUUGAGCCUAAAACCAACUGAACUCUUAGAACUCUCUGAAACCUUGAAAAUUGAGAUCAAUUCUUUAUGCUGUUGUUAUGACAAAACUGACCAAUCUUACCAUCGAGGCAUUAUUAUUGACUUCAAAUCUGCUCAGAAACCAAAUAAAAUGUCUGUUAAGGUUUUCUACAUGGAUUAUGGAUAUAUUGCCUGGAUUUCAAGAAAGCACAUUUACCCCUUGAAUAUAGCUUAUAAAAAGUUUCCUGCAUUAGCUGUGCAUUGUACAUUGGCUAGAAUAUGUCCUGUUGGUCAAAAGCCACAUCCUAGCGAUACAUAUAUCUGGCCAGAAAAGGCCAAGAAAGCAUUUAAGAAAAAUAUCAACUUCAAAGAUUCUUAUGUCAUGAAGAUUGUAUCUGGAAAUCUGCCAUCAACAUCAUUUAGUUUUCAACAAUAUCUGAGUCCACCAUUACAAGUUUUGAUUGCAACGUUGAGUGAUAAGAAAACAGAAAGUGCCCAGAAUGCAGAAAUCUGUAUCAACUAUGAAAUGGUUCGAUUGAACCAUGCAACACUUACAGAGAAGUCUGCAGAACUGGAACUGCUCAACUGGGAUCCAAUGUCUGUAGAUUAUACCUCACGGCGGAAUCGGUAUGAAAUUAAUGUUGAUGAUGCUCAGAUUGCCACACAAGGAUUCAUGGUUAAUGAUGAAAAAACAAUCUGCAAGUUUUACAGAGAAGGUCAAAAAUGUAAACUUGGAUCAAAAUGUCCAUAUAAACACAUAAGAGUACCAGAUGAUUGCCUCACAGUUGACAGAAGAGAAGUUGUUUGCAAAGAUGAUAGUUGUUCUGAAUUUGAACUACCAUUGGUUGGUUCUCUAGUUGGGGUAGAAGUUAGCGCUAUCAUAAAUCCUGCUCACUUUUAUUUGAUUUUACCUUGGGGCAAGGAUGCUAUCAAAGACCUGCAUGACAUGCCAGAUUACGAAACCAAGGAGGAAACUUUAGCAGACUUGCAGAAAGAUUUACAAGACUUCUAUAAGUUGUCUUUUCCCAAAACUGAAGAGAAUCUGUUUUGGGGAAUUGGUGAAUUAGUUGCAGCCCGGGCUGUCGUUGAUCAAGACUGGUACAGAGCACGCAUCUGUGAAGUAAAUGAUGUUAUAAAUGAGGUCAAGGUAUUCUUCAUUGAUUUUGGAAAUGUUCAGUGGAUUCCAGAGAGUAACAUACAGUCACUGGCCUCUCAGUUUACACAUCUUCCACACCAGUCUGUGGAAUGUUGUCUUAAUGGAAUAGUUUCAGCCUCUGAUAGUGGUUUAUGGACCCAAGAAGCCAAGGAUUAUUUUCUGGAAUUGGUUGAUGAUAAAGUAUUAGUUGCCUCCAUAAAAGCCAUAAUGUGCCGGCGCAUGUAUAUUGACCUUUACGACACAUAUCAGAUACCAGAGAAGAACAUUGCUGAUGAAUUAAUUCAAGCUGGAGUUGCAAAGAGGAAUCUGUCAGCAGAUGGAAAUUUAUCAACAGCUUCUAAUUUAACUCUGUCCAAGAACUACAUACCUGGAUAGAACUGUGACCUCACCAAUAACUUUGUACAUUAAAAUUAUGCUUUAUUUUUGAUAAUUCAACUCCAGCUGGUUUAUUUUUUAUAGCUUCACAUACCUGACUUACAGAUAAUAUAUAUUUCAAACAGAACACCAAAGCAAGAUCUUGUGCUCUGUAAAAUGACAAUUAUACAUUUCUUUGUAGAUCUUUUCCCCUUUUCUAUUGUAAAGAAUUUAAUGGUUGUAUCUACUUCUUUAAUGAAGUGGGUAUCUUCAUAACAUCUAGUCAAUAUCUACUUCAUUGAUAGCUAGUCAGUGUUUACUUCUUAACACAGCUAAUGGUUCUAUGACCUGUUCACUAUUUUAUUCCUCCAAGUAACUAUUGACCUCUUCUCAUCUUGCUGAUAUGUUACAACUUCAAUAGAACAACUGAUUCUGUGAUAUCCAGUGAGUACUUAAGUCCUUGAUAAACGAGUGGAUUAUCUACUGAGUACUUGAUUUCUUCAUAAAACCAGUGGAGACAUGCAUAAGCAAUACAUUUUGAUGAAUUUUGAACUUUCUCUUUCCAUUGUCUCUUUCUUUUCAUUCAUUUCUUGAUCUUUUCUCAUUUUUGUAAUUAAAAUAUUUCAUAUGUUGUUAAAUUUUC